UCAGUAGAGUCAAGAAAAAAUGUCUGGCCGUGGAAAGGGAGGUAAAGGACUCGGUAAAGGAGGCGCCAAGCGUCACCGAAAAGUCCUCCGUGAUAACAUCCAGGGCAUCACCAAGCCCGCUAUCCGCCGUCUGGCUCGCCGUGGAGGUGUGAAGCGUAUCUCCGGUCUGAUCUACGAGGAGACCCGCGGUGUGCUCAAGGUGUUCCUGGAGAACGUGAUCCGUGACGCCGUCACCUACACCGAGCACGCAAAGAGAAAGACCGUGACCGCCAUGGACGUGGUUUACGCUUUGAAGAGACAGGGACGCACUCUGUACGGCUUCGGAGAAGAAGCUCCAGCAGCAGCUCCGGCGAAGGCCCCAGCAAAGUCUCCCAAGAAGAAAACCGCAGCCCGUCCCAAGAAGGAUGGACCCACCAUCCCGAAGCUCAUUGUUGCGGCCGUGGCUGACUCCAAGGAACGCAAAGGGACAUCUCUGUCCGCCAUCAAGAAGGUCCUCGCCGUCAAAGGUGUCGAUGUGGGCAAGGCCAAUAAGCGUAUCAACACAGCCGUGACCAAACUGGUGACAAAGGGUGUUCUGUCCCAGACUAAGGGCACAGGAGCCUCUGGAUCAUUCAAGCUUACUAAGAAGGAGCCUAAAGCCCCCAAGCCCAAGAAGGUGGUGAAGAAAGCCCCCGUCAAGGCUAAGAAGCCAGCCGCAAAGAAAGCUACACCCAAGAAGAAGGCAGCCGUCAAGAAGGUGGCCGCUAAGAAGGCAACACCCAAGAAGGCAGCAGCCAAGAAGGCUCCGGUCAAGAAAGCAGCAGCUAAGAAGCCUGCAGCCAAGAAGAGUCCAGCAAAGAAGGCAGCACCCAAGAAAGUAGCAGCCAAGAAGCCCGCAGCUAAGAAAGCUCCAGCAAAGAAGGCUGCAGCCAAGAAGACCAAGAAAAGAAGACUCUCUGUCGUUAUGGCCAGAACCAAGCAGACCGCCCGUAAGUCCACCGGAGGCAAAGCCCCCAGGAAGCAACUGGCCACAAAGGCCGCCCGCAAGAGCGCCCCGGCCACCGGCGGAGUGAAGAAGCCCCAUCGUUACAGGCCCGGGACCGUGGCUCUGAGAGAGAUCCGUCGCUACCAGAAGUCCACCGAGCUGCUCAUCCGCAAGCUGCCCUUCCAGCGCCUGGUCCGUGAGAUUGCUCAGGACUUCAAGACCGACCUGCGCUUCCAGAGCUCCGCCGUCAUGGCUUUGCAGGAGGCCAGCGAGGCUUACCUGGUGGGGCUGUUCGAGGACACCAACCUCAAAGUCACAGAAUCGAAAAUGUCUGGCCGUGGAAAGGGAGGUAAAGGACUCGGUAAAGGAGGCGCCAAGCGUCACCGUAAAGUUCUCCGUGAUAACAUCCAGGGCAUCACCAAGCCCGCCAUUCGCCGUCUGGCUCGCCGUGGUGGAGUGAAGCGUAUCUCCGGUCUGAUCUAUGAGGAGACCCGCGGUGUGCUCAAGGUGUUCCUGGAGAACGUGAUCCGUGACGCCGUCACCUACACCGAGCACGCCAAGAGGAAGACCGUGACCGCCAUGGACGUGGUGUACGCUCUGAAGAGACAGGGCCGCACUCUGUACGGCUUCGGAGGCUAGAACUGAUCCUGACCCACUGAUACUGAACCAAAGGCUCUUUUAAGAGCCACCCA